GUAAAAGCUACGCGUUCUCGAAGAACUUGCUUUAUAGCGAUGCGGUGCCGAGUUCGGGUCUGAAUGUUCAAAAACGGGUGUUAACACAACUAGAAUGUGCUAGAUUGUGUGGGCAAGAAGUGACCUGUCAAACCUUCUUCUACAAACCACUGGACGGAGUGUGUUCUCUUUACAAUCAUCCCCUCCUUGAGUAUACCCCUGUCAUCUUUGAGGAAGGUGUGGAAAUAUACACGAUGAAAGGUUGUCAAUUUUCAGAUUUUACAAUGUAUAGAGAAGGUGGUAUAUGCAUUAGUAUUUUCUCUGCGGAAAAUAUGACAUCAUUGUAUGCCAGCACAGCGUGUAAUCACCGAGGCGGAGAACUGAUAUCAUUAGACACUGACGGAAAGAUACAGUUUUUAAAAACAUACUUGCUCCAAUACUUUAAGUGGACAACACCAGUCUUGAUUGGACUUGACAAUUCGGAUGGAUGGAAAUGGUCCAACAAUGUAUCUUUGACAUACAGUUCUCUCUUGCAAUAUCAGCUCAACAGUUAUGAUGCACAAAUGCACCUAUGUCCCGACAACUACUGUGGAGUUCUUAGAAUCUCUCCCACAGAAUCACUGUUGUUUGAUCAGUGCUGUAGUAACAUAAGACCGCUCUCGGUGUGUUCGAUGUCCACAACAUUGUAAACGGCUGAUGUUAAUUAAACAUUUUAAGAAGGCCGGAUGGUCGUGGUCAGUUUUAGACUAUAUUGACCUCCUUGAGACGGAGAGCUCUAUAUAAAGUUAAAACGUUUUUGUUGUGUUUGUUAUAUCUUGUUAAACCGAGUCCAGAAAAUCUCCUAUUGUCCUGCAACCCCCCAGUAAAUUACCUGUAGCUCCGAUAGGUUCUACUUAUAUGCAUAUGCGGCUUGAAGUGAUAUACUGGACUGCUGUAGAAAAUUGGGAUGAACUCAAACUCACAGAAACACAAUAGGAGAGGGAGAAACACAGCUACUUGCUCCUCCAAUCUCACGGGAAAUUAACCACCUUUCUCGUGCAAACUGCACAGAAUAUAUGUAUGAAAAUUGAAAUCCUUAGAUCCAAAAUCGAAGAAAAAGGUCUGGCAGUAAAAACGACCUAUUGCACGACUUUUAAAAACAUAAAUGCACUGUUUAAUCCUACAGAAACCGCGCCACCUGCUACCGUUGAUGUUAUUUAUCCUUCAAACUAUAUAAAUGAAAUAAAAUAAAAAGAAAUAGUUUGAUGAUAUUCGUGCAUUUUACGAAGUUGUUGCAAUUUUGGCUACGAUGAAUGUAAUUGAAUAAAUAACGUAUGCAAGUUGAGAUCAAAUUAGAGGUAAAAAAAAAAAACUUUGUACCGGUGCAUCGGUGGCUCGAACCUUUAGCUUUAGGUAGUAAGUGGAGCCACUAAGCCAAGCAUUUCGUUGAACGGCUUUGCGUUAUAUUAACACUUCAAGACUUAUUUUUGUUUAUAUAAUAGGCAGAUUUAUGGUACGAAUGAAAUAAUUCCGGAAAAUUAAGCGUUAUCGAAUAUUGCCGAGGAUUGGAGAUCGUUAACUUAUUUAAUAGUGCCAGGUUAAUGAAGUGAAGCAGAACGAUCGAAAAAAAAUAAUCACAAGCAAUGGAGAGACAAAAUGUUUUAGGCAAGUAUAAGCCGAAAACUGACCAUUCGGUCAGAGGUUAUACUGUCCUCAGCGCUGCCACACCUCGUACUGUACAAUAUCUGACAGAAUAGACAGUUUUCGGCUUUUAACCGGUACAUAUAAUAGGAAAAUGAUAAAUGUUAAAACUACAAUAGUUGGGUUGCAUCUUUACUGAAUAGUUUAUUGCUAAAAUAUACUUAUACUAUUAUGGUAGAUCUAUACUUAUACUAUUAUGGUAGAUCUAUACUUAUACUAUUAUGGUAGAUCUAUACUUAUGAUAUUAUGGUAGAUCUAUACUUAUACUAUUAUGGUAGAUCUGGGGUAGAUUUGCUGACCACUCAGCCUUUUCAAGCAAUAAAAUACACUAUUCAAAACAUAGUUCGCUAUCGAUGACUGUGUGAUAUAAUUCUGCAUAAAACAAUAUGUUUCUACUUCUAAGGAACAUUUAUCAAUAGUACACUCUUGUAAUAUAAAAAUAUCAGGCUAAUAUUCAAUGCAAAUACUCGUGUACAUGUAUCUAUUUUUGUAGCUGUUGAAUCGUUUAUGAUUUUGUAAUGAAAGAUUUGUACUUUAAAUGAAACUCGUACAGAAUUAAACUAGUAUUGUCA